AUGGGCGCCCAACAAUCGUCUGGCCGUGAUGCGGCUGGCGAGUCUGCGUCUCAGCCGGUGAAAACAUGUUACUACGAGCUGCUCUCAGUCGAGCGCGAUGCCUCCGAUGAUGAGAUAAAGAAGGCUUACAGACGGCGUGCCCUCGAGCUGCACCCGGACCGAAACUACGGAGACGUCGAGAACGCGACGAGACGUUUCGCCGAGGUUCAAGCCGCCUACGAAGUGCUAUCUGAUCAUCAGGAGAGGGCUUGGUACGACUCGCAUCGUGAAGCUAUUCUACGCGGAGCCGACCCAGAGGACACCGACGGCCGCAGUCCUGAGUUCAACAACGUCAAACUCACCUCAACCGAGGACAUUUUCGCUCUCAUCCGUCGUUUCGACUCAACCGUUCCCUUUACUGACGAGCCAGCUGGUUUUUUCGGCAUAUCCAAGGCAACGUUUGACCACCUUCUUGACGAGGAAAUCGCCGCUGGGGAGUACACUCAUGGGGACGUUCCGGACUAUCCCUCGUUUGGCACUUCUACGGACAGCUACGAGUACGUAGCUAAACCCUUCUACAGUAACUGGGCCGGUUUCUCGACGCGGAAGACGUUUUCAUGGAAGGACAAGUACCGCUUGUCGGAUGCUCCAGACCGUCGUAUCCGUAGACUCAUGGAAAAGGAAAACAAAAAGAUGCGUGACGAAGCUGUUCGGGAUUUCAACGACGCUGUCAGGUUUCUCGUCACCUUCGUGCGUAAACGCGACCCCCGCUACCUCCCAAAUACGCAAACGGCUGCCGAACGUCAGGAGUCUUUGCGAAAUGCCGCCGCUGCGCAGGCAGCUCGUUCUCGCGCCGCGAAUUUGGAGAAACUUUCCGACGCUACCGUCCCCGACUGGGCUCAGUCUCGUGACGAUGGCGAUGCAGGCGGGCACUUUGAUGAGACCGAAGAAGAGGAAUCUGAGGUGGAGGUUCUAGAGUGUGUGGUUUGCGACAAAACUUUCAAGAGCGAGAAGUCGUUCGAGGCACACGAACGCAGUAAGAAACAUCUGAAGGCCGUACAGCAGCUUCGACGACAGAUGAAGAAUGAGGAUGUGGAAUUGGACCUCAACCUUUCACCGGUGCCGGAGAAGGUUACACCAGUCGACGAUGAGGGUGGUCAGGCCGAGGAGCAGGCGGCAGACGAAGCUCCGGACCGUCCGCCAGGGGACUCACCUGCUUUGCCGACUGACGGGAAAGAUGGGAACGUUUCUGGUAACUCGUCAGAACAUGAUGACGAGUACGCCCCUCGGGAUGAUGUUGAGAAGAGAUUCUUUGCAGAGAGCCCUCUUGCCAACGCAGCCCGCGAAGACGCGAGCAGAGAUGAGGAUGGGCAGGCUGUUGCUGCUAUUGACGCUCUGGAUAUCGAAGACGAUGGGGACACACAGCCACAGGCGAAAAAGGUCGGCAAGGCAAAGGCGAAGCGUGAGAAGAGGGCAGCACGCCAAGCAGCGGAAGAGGCCAAGGGGAGCGCGCACACAUGCGGUACCUGCAAGGCGUCAUUCCCCUCCAAGACGAGGCUUUUCAACCACAUUCGCGACCUUGAUCACGCAGCGCCAUUACAGCAAAAUCCAACAGGCGGUGGUAAAAAGAAGAGGCGGUAG